AUGUUACUAUCUCGCCUUAAAGCUCUUGCCCUGUUGUCUCUGGCCUGGUUCGACGGUGUCGGUGCCAGGUCCAUCGAUGCAGGCAUCAAGCUUCUCAAUGGAAGACAGCAAGACAUCGUUACUUGGGAUGACAAGAGUUUGUUCAUCAACGGCAAGAGGCUGAUGAUUUUCAGUGCCGAGUUCCAUGCGUUCAGGAUGCCCGUUCCGUCCCUCUGGCUUGACAUCCUCCAAAAGAUCAAGGCCGCCGGAUACAACUCCGUUUCGUUCUACGUGAACUGGGGGCUGCUCGAGGCCAAGCCGGGAGAGGUCCGCGCCGAGGGCAUUUUCGCUCUCGAGCCGCUCUUUGAAGCCGCCCAGAAAGCUGGUCUUUACCUAUUUGCCCGUCCUGGGCCGUACAUAAAUGCCGAAGUCAGCGGAGGUGGCUUUCCAGGUUGGCUUCAACGAGUCCAGGGAGUCCUGCGAAGCAACGACGAGGCCUACCUUGAGGCCAGUGAAAACUACACAGCUACCCUUGGCAGCAUCAUUGCCAAAGCGCAGAUCACCAAUGGCGGCCCUGUCGUCCUCUUCCAAAUGGAGAAUGAGUACAAUGCAGCCAUCGACCCGUACCCGUUCCCGGACUACGACUAUUGGAAAUUCGUCGACAACCAGUUCCGUAGCCAGGGCGUCGUCGUCCCUUACGUCAAUAACGAAGCCUGGCAGCUUGGGGCCAUCACUGCCUUGACCCCGGCCAAAGUCGACAUUUACGGCCACGAUGCCUACCCCCUGGGCUUUGACUGCUGGAAUCCCACUGUUUGGCCCGCGAACGGCCUUCCAACUGAUUGGCUUGCCACUAACAACAAGCUUGCACCGACGACCCCGUAUACCAUCGUCGAGUUCCAAGGCGGUGGUUUCCAGCCGUGGGGCGGUGCCGGGUUUGAAUACUGCGCAGCACUCCUGAAUCACGAGUUUGAGCGUGUUCUUUACAAGAACAACUACGCCGCUGGCGUCACCAUCUUCAACAUCUACAUGACUUGGGGUGGUACCAACUGGGGCAACCUUGGCCACUCUGACGGCUACACUUCUUAUGACUAUGGAGCACAAAUCAGCGAGGAGCGCCUCGUCAACCGUGAGAAGUACAGCGAGACCAAGCUACAGUCCAAUUUCCUUCACGUUUCCCCCGCCUAUCUUGUGGCUGACCGACACAACUCUUCUCUCGAAUGGACGAACAACGACGCAAUCACCGUCACCCCUGCUACGACCAACUCGACCAAGUUCUACAUUGCAAGACACACCCAAUACGAGUCCCUUGAGACAGUGUCUUACAAGCUGAAAGUAAAAACUGUUGGCUACGGGGAACUCGAAGUGCCCCAGCUCAGCGACAGCCUCUAUUUGACCAGGAGAGACUCCAAAAUCCACGUCAGCGACUACCCCGUCGGCGACAAGAAUCUGGUAUAUUCCACGGCCGAAAUCUUCACCUGGAAGAAGUACGAGAACAAGACCGUCCUUGUUGUCUACGGCGGCCCCGGCGAACAUCACGAAUUAGCCGUCGAGGGCGAGGAGGCCGAUGUGACCGACGAGAACGUCAUUGAGGGCUCCGAUGUCUCCAUCGAGCAGAAAGACGGCUACACCGUCCUCGGAUGGGCUGUUUCGGACGAGCGCAAGGUUGUUCGCGUGCAGUCCAACCUCUACGUCUAUCUUUUGACCCGCAACGAGGCCUACAACUUCUGGGUCCCCCCGGCAGUCGGCGACUUCGCCACCUGCGACGUGAUUGUCAAGGCCGGCUACCUCAUCCGCAACGUUGCAGUCGGCGGCGACUCUCUGGGCUUCUCCGGCGACGUCAACAGCACCACCACGAUCGAGGUCAUCGGUGGCGUCCCGACCCCGCUCAAGAGCUUGACCUUCAACGGCAAGUCUCUCGACUUUGAGCAGAACGAACACGGCGUCGUCACCGCGACUGUCGAUUUCGCUGUCCCCGAGAUAAAGCUUCCUUGCCUGAGCCGGAUGAGCUGGAGGUACAUCGACAGCCUGCCCGAGAUCAAACCCGGCUACUCGGACGAGCUUUGGGCCGACGCCGACCUGGAAGAGACGUACAACACCGCCCACCCGCUCAAGACGCCUGUCAGCUUGUACGGGGGCGAUUACGGAUACCACACCGGCUCGCUGCUGUACCGCGGCCGUUUCAAAGCUAACGGCGAGGAGUCGAUCUUCAACGUCACGACGCAGGGGGGGAACGCAUACGGAGCCUCUGUCUGGUUGGACGGCGAGUUCAUCGGCUCUUGGGUUGGGGACGCCGUCACGCCCGGCCGCAACAGCACCUUCGCGCUGCCCAAGCUGACCAAGGACAGAGAAUAUGUCUUCACGGUCGCCGUCGACCACAUGGGCCUAAACGGAAACUGGGUCGUCGGCGAGGAGCAGCAGAAGAACCCCCGCGGCAUCCUCGACUACGGACUCUCGGGCCACGAGAUGUCCGACAUCAGGUGGAAGAUCACCGGCAACCUCGGCGGCGAGGACUACACCGACAAGGAGCGCGGCCCCCUCAACGAAGGCGGCCUUUUCGCCGAGCGUCAGGGGUAUCACUGGCCCGAGCCCCCCUCGCAGUCCUGGGAGGCCAGCAAGGGUCCCACUGUUGGGAUCGAGACAGCCGGCAUCGCCUACUACUCGACGACGUUCGACCUCGACCUCCCCGCCGGCUUCGACAUCCCCCUGUCCUUGACGUUUGCCAACACCACUGAGUCCGCCUACCGCGCCCAGAUAUUCGUCAACGGGUACCAGUUUGGCAAGUUCGUGCACCAUAUCGGGCCGCAAACUCGAUUUCCCGUGCCCGAGGGCAUCCUCAACUACCAGGGUCCAAACCACCUCGGCAUCACUCUAUGGGCCAUGGAGGAGGGCGGCGCCAAGAUCGAGGGUCUUAAGUGGGAGGUCGGCAUGGUCAGCGCGACUGGCUUUGGAAAGGUUGAGCCUGCGCCGCAGCCGAAGUGGGCCAAAAGGGAAGGGGCAUACUGA